AUGGAGGCCGAGGAACAGGAGGAAGAUGCCAACUCCCUCUCAAAAGACGGAUCAGAGACUAACUCAACUACCUCACGUGACUGCCGCCGCUAUGUGCCUCUUGGAAUAGUCUUUGUUUUGCUGGCUGGAACUGCUGCAGCAACAUGGUAUUUCCUAGACUACAGACCAUGGCACCUGGAACCAUCUGUCCUGCAGUUUUACUCCGGCAGCCUCCAGGUCCUCAAUCGCCAAUACUUCCCAGACCUUGGGGAAGUGGAGUCCAGAGCCUUCUGGUUGGAGUCAGCCAAACUCCAGAAUAUGCUGAAGGAUCUCAUUCGUGCCACAGAGCUGGGUCGAUAUUACAACUCGAGCACAGUGUAUGCCUUCGGGGAGGGGGCUCUGACCUUCUUCUUCUGGUUUACCCUCCAAAUCCCUGAGAGUAAGCAGAAGGAGAUGACGGCUGAGAGGGUAAACACAAUGCUCCACCAAGAGCUCUCGGCCAGCUUCAACAUCUCGGGCAGCCUGUCCUACCAGGCAGAGUACAGGGUCAACCCAGACUCGCUGGUUCUGCUGGAAUCCAGUGUGAAAGACAUAGUAGUGCUGAAAUCCACUCUGGGUUGCUACAGAUACAGCUAUGUCCAAGAGAAUGACAUCCUAACGCUGGAGGGCCCCGACUACCUGGCCUCCAGUUGUCUUUGGCACCUCCAUGGCCUCAAGGGCUACAUGAUCAAGCUACACUUGGAGUGGACUCUUCCAGACUGCAGGGACCGCCUGGCUAUGUAUGAUGCAGCUGGGCCCCUGGAGAAACACCUCAUCACCUCGAUCUACGGCUGCAGCCGGCAGGAGCCUGUUGUGGAAGUCCUUUCAUCAGGCCCUGUCAUGUCCAUCGUGUGGAAGAAAGCCAUGUACAGCUACUAUGACCCCUUCAUCCUCACAGCACAGGCGGUGCCCCUCAGAGCCUGCGAAGUGAACAUAACCCUGCGGGAAGGCCUGGAGCUGCAGGGGAAGAUCAGCACCCCACACUACCCCAGUUACUACUCGCCCAACACGCAGUGCACCUGGCACAUGACGGUCCCCUCCCUUGGCUAUGGGGUCACCCUGUGGUUCGACGCCUACGCGCUCAGCAGACAGAAGCAGGACCUGCCCUGUACCCAAGGCCAGUGGAUAAUUCAGAACAGAAGGUUGUGUGGCCUGCGGACCCUGCAAGCCUAUGCCGAGAGGAUCCCAGUCACGUCCUCUGCCGAUAUCACCAUCACCUUCACCUCGCAGAUCUCCUUAACGGGCCCUGGCGUGCAGGCAGCUUACAGCCUGUACAACCUAUCUGACCCCUGUCCCGGGGAGUUCCUGUGUUCGGUGAACGGCCUGUGUGUCCCAGCCUGUGACGGGAUCAAAGAUUGCCCCAAUGGGCUGGAUGAGAGAAAUUGUGUGUGCCCUGCAAAGUUCCAGUGCCGAGAGGACAGCACCUGCAUCGAGUUCAGCAGGGUCUGCAAUCAGCAGCAGGACUGCGCCAACGGGAGCGAUGAGGAGCAGUGCAGUGAAGGGGUCCCCUGUGGUCCUUUCACCCACCGCUGUGAUGAUGGGACCUGCGUGAAGAAACCGAACCCUCGGUGUGACACCACGGUGGACUGCAGGGACCUGUCUGAUGAGAAGCGCUGCGACUGUGGGCUGCAAGCCCCUCUCAGCAGGAUCGUGGGUGGUGCUAACUCUGUGGAAGGGGAAUGGCCCUGGCAAGCCAGCCUGCAGGUUCGGGGACGCCACAUCUGCGGGGGAUCGCUCAUUGCGGACCGCUGGGUGGUCUCAGCCGCACACUGCUUCCAGGAUGAGAGACUGGCUUCUCCCUCCAUCUGGACUGUUUACUUGGGCAAAUAUUUCCAAAACACCAGCAGCCACACAGAGGUGUCCUUCAAGGUGAUCCGUCUCUUCCUCCACCCCUAUUACGAGGAGGACAGCCACGAUUAUGAUGUGGCCCUGCUCCAGCUGGACCACCCUGUGAUCACCUCGCCCUUCAUCCAGCCCAUCUGCUUGCCUGCCCCUUCCCACCUCUUUGAGCCCGGCCUUCACUGCUGGAUCACUGGCUGGGGAGCCCUUAAGGAAGGCGGGCACAUCAGCAAUGUCCUGCAGAAGGUGGACGUGCAGAUCAUCCAGCAGGACAUCUGCAGCGAGGCCUACCACUACAUGAUUUCUCCCAGGAUGCUCUGUGCUGGGUACCACAAGGGCAAGAAAGACGCCUGCCAGGGCGAUUCUGGAGGUCCGCUGGCCUGCGAGGAGCCCAGCGGCAGGUGGUUCCUGGCUGGUUUGGUCAGCUGGGGAAUGGGGUGCGCACGUCCAAAUUACUACGGAGUGUACACCAGGAUCACUCAAGUGCUGGGCUGGAUGAACCAAACCAUGAGCUGA